AUGUUGAGUCUUCGAAACAAUAAUAUCAAGCUCGGCGAAACUACGUUCCAAGAGCUUCCUGCGCUUGAGAUGUUGGAUUUGUCUGGAAACGAACUGGCAUACUUGCCCAAAGGCUGGACGAACGGUUUGAAUAAACUAAAAACGUUGAAUUUGACCUCGAACCGGUUCACGAGUCUCGGUAACACGCGAUUGAUUGCAGACUUCAGCAAUUUGAUGAAUCUGUACCUGGAAGAAAACUUUAUACAAAAGAUCACAGAUCAGGAGUUGUAUUCGGUUCCGGUAAAUUCCACGAUCUAUAUGCAUGGAUUUCAGCACGACUACGAAGACGAUCCGUAUUAG